AUGCGUUGGGCUCCGCUCAUCGUCACUGCUGAGCUCUGCGCUGCAGCGGUCAUCCCCCCACGGACGAGCAGCUGCGUCAACCCUGUCAAGCGCGUAGAAUGGCGAGAAUUGGACGCAGCACUCCAGACGCAGUACAUCGACGCUGUCUUAUGCCUCAAAACCAGACCGUCCGGAUUAGGACUUAACACCACACGCUACGAUGAUUUCCCCUACGUGCAUACCCACCUCGACAAAAGCAUUCACACGGUAGCCAUGUUCCUCCCCUGGCAUAGAAUGUUCGUUCAAGUUUACGAACAAGCCCUCGUAGACUGCGGUUAUACGGGCCCCAUGGCCUACUGGGAUUGGACGCUCGACACCGCUGAUGUAACCAAGUCACCUAUUUGGGACCCGGUUCAGGGCUUUGGCGGCAACGGCGACCCUAGCAUCGAUCCCUGGACGGGAAGCAGCAAGAAGAAGUGUCUUGUGGACGGACCUCUGCAAGGGUUGGAGCCUGCGUACACCAUGGGAGGAUAUGAGCCACACUGCCUCGCCCGGAACUGGAACAGCGGGGUUGCCUUUCCUGGCGACAUGUUCGCUCAGCACUACACCAAAGAGGCCGUGGAUACUAUCCACGCUCUUGAGGAUUAUGCAUCUUUCCGGUACCGGCUAGAAGGUGGCCCGCACGGCGCUGUCCACUCUGCCAUUGGCGGCGAUAUGUCGCCUGCUACAUCCCCCAACGAUCCCCUCUUUUUCCUCCACCACACCCAGGUUGACCGCCUGUGGGCCCUCUGGCAACGAGAGAACCCCGGGGUACGAAACAUGGAAUAUGCCGGCCCAAAGACCCAGGACGAAAACACGGCAGAAGCCACACUCGACGAUAUUAUGCCAUUCAUGGGUCUCACAGAAGAUAUCAAGGUGUCGGAGGUCAUGGAGAUCCAGACCCCGGGACUCUGCUACACGUACUAG